CUUAAACCCAGAGAAACUAGAAUGCUUGAAAGACAAGGGGGAAAGUUCCGUUUCCUCCCGUCAAAUUGUGAGGAAAAUGGCGAGUCUGUGGAGACUUGCGACUGAAUAAGGAGAAGGGUUAUGUGAAUGGAGUAUAUCUUUGUAGUGAGGUGAGGAAACAUUCUGUCUUCAGUGGAGUAUGGCACAACGCGAGCCUUCGUUGCAUGGAAAAGGAAGCGUCAACUUUAUAGACGUUUCAGCGUGACGCGUUUUCACUUCACUAAUGUGGAUUGUACGCGCCCUGGGCAGCUACCGAAAAAGCUGUCUUCAUCGAGCAAGACAGAAGUGACCAGCGAGCUUCAAUAUCAUUUGGAUGAGUUUAACCGAUGCAUAUUCUGAUCGAUACAUCUGAAAUAUGUUUACCUCACGUAUAACGGGACAACACUCACCUUCGGGUCGCGCAACGUGUACGCGAACGCACUUUGCAGAUGUUAGAUAAUCACAGUCGUCAGUCAUUUGACUCCAGCAUGCACAUGUCUGUUUGAGGGAUUGUUGCGUAUGAGUGAUUUGCUGUACUGACUGCGCGAUGGCCCUCAGGUCCAGAAGACCAUUGGUGAGCGUCAUCGUGGGGGUUUUUCUUGGCUUCACAGCCGCAUCGUGGCUGGUUGUGCCCAGAGUUGUGGAGAUUAGUGUGAAGAACAGAAGGUCUUCAGUGUGUACAUACUACAGUAGCGGCAGGGCUCAGGCUAAAGUUUCAGACACCGCCCACAGUACCUCAUCUACCAUUGGCAGACACGAGCAUCUGCAGCCACUCUUCUCCAGCCAGGAAGGCAGUGAUGAAGGUGAAGAGCAUCUUUAUAGGACAGGGAACAGUGAUGGAACUGGUCCUGUACCUCCAGCUAGUUUCUUGUAUGUGGGGGUCAUGACAGCUCAGAAGUAUUUGGCCUCCAGGGCUGUGGCUGCCUACAGGACAUGGACCCCCAACAUCCCUGGGCGGGUGGAGUUCUUCUCCAGUGAGGGCUCUGAGAAGGUGCCCCUGCCAAUUCCAAUGCCCGUCAUCCCGCUGACAGGAGUGGAUGAUUCAUACCCUCCGCAGAAGAAAUCUUUCAUGAUGCUGAAGUACAUGCAUGACCAUUAUUUGGAUAAAUACGAGUGGUUUAUGAGGGCUGAUGACGAUGUCUACAUUAGAGGUGAGAAGUUGGAAUUGUUUCUUCGCUCUCUCAACAGCAGUAAACCACUGUAUCUGGGUCAGACAGGUCUUGGUACCACAGAGGAGCUGGGUAAACUGGCCCUGGAGCCUGGAGAGAACUUCUGUAUGGGUGGUCCAGGGAUGAUCUUCAGCCGAGAAGUUCUCCGCAGGAUGGUGCCACACAUCGGGUCCUGUCUUAGAGAGAUGUAUACUACUCAUGAAGAUGUGGAGAUAGGACGCUGCGUCAGGCGUUUUGGAGGGACCCAAUGUGUCUGGUCAUACGAGAUGCAGCAGUUGUUGCAGUGCAAACAAGUGACAUGCUUCGGAAUGAGCUAG